AUGACUCAGAAUACAGCCUUCCAACAAGCCGUAGCGGCUGUCAAAUCCGGACAAGACCCGUCCCUGGCAGCGCGACACCUUCUUCAGCAGCUCACGGAAGAUGAGAGAUUGUCCUUGUUGCACGGUGAUGCCGAGUUCUGGGAGGGCAUGCAUAAUCUCUACACCGGCGUUUACCUGUCUACCCCAUACGUCCACGGCGAGAUCAAACGCCUGGGCAUCCCUGAAAUUCGAUACUGCGAUGGCCCGCGCGGUGUCACUAUCAACACGGCGACCGCUUUUCCUGUCUCCAUGGCGCGAGGCGCUACAUGGGACCCCGGUCUGGAGGAGAAAGUCGCACGGGUCAUCGGAUUGGAGACGCGUGCGUACAAGGCCAACUCUGUGGGCAGUGCCUCCAUCAAUCUGCCCCGGCAUCCGGCCUGGGGUCGUGUGCAGGAAACAUACGGGGAUGAUCCGCUGCUGCUCGGUGAAUUCGGAGCAGCUCAUGUCCGCGGUCUGCAGACGAAUGUCAUGGCCUGCAUCAAGCAUUUUGCCCUCAAUUCCAUGGAAACGGCCCGUUCUCGAGUGAACGUGACGGUGGACGAGGGGGCCCUGCACGAGGUGUAUCUUCCGCACUUCAAGCGCUGCGUCGAGGAGGGCGCCCUGGUGGUCAUGUCUGCGUACAACUCGGUCAACGGCGAAUGGGCCAGUGAGAAUAAGCAUCUGCUUACCGAGAUCCUGCGCAAGCAGUGGGGCUUCCAGGGAGUAGUCAUAUCGGACUGGGUGUUCGGGGUUCGCGAUGGCACCUGGGAGGAAGCCGCCGUGGCGGGCGCGCGGCUGUCCUCGUUUCCACGAGUCCCCCGUGCUAGCUGA